AACAGUGACGAAAGGGUUGGGUUCACGUUGGGUUAGGUCGCCGCUACCGCUCCGGCUCGAGAGAGUGACGUUCUGACGUUUCUGUUUCGACGUUUUUCUUCUCGGUUCUCCUUCGUUCUCUCUUCGCGCGCACGUGAAGAUUACUGAAGAGUGAAGAUGCCGUCCGUUUCGCAGCUGCAGAAGUGGGCCCUCGGACUCGGCGCGGUGAGCGGCGCGUUGUUGUAUUACUACAACGCGCAACACGGCAACACGAGCCCGCUGCACGUCCACAACUCCUGGACGACGAAUCACACACCCUCGGUGAAGUGGGACCACAACUGGGACAGACGAGAUCCAAAGAGUUUGGUGAUGCCGAUGAAGAUAAACAAUGAGAACGACGAGAACAAGUACAACGAAAAGUUUGAGACGAAGAAAGCGAAGGCUGUGCGACACAUACUCAUGAUUCGCCAUGGGCAAUAUCACACGGAGGGAAAGACGGACGCAGAGAGAGUGCUGACCGAACUUGGCAGGAAACAGGCUGAAACAACGGGGAAGAGGCUAGCGGAAUUAAACUUGCCUUACUCAUUGAUAGUAAGAUCUACAAUGACACGCGCCCUGGAAACUUCGAAAAUUAUAGAAAAGAAUCUUAUAAAUGUGCCAGUUGAGGACGACAGUCUGUUAAUCGAAGGUGCGCCUAUACCUCCGGAGCCACCCAUUGGUCAGUGGAAGUCUGAGAAACAUUUCUUCCAAGAUGGACCCAGAAUAGAAGCGGCAUUUAGAAAAUAUUUCCACCGUGCGGAUCCUAGUCAGGCUCACGAUUCUUACACCGUUCUUGUAUGCCAUGCAAACGUCAUCAGAUAUUUCGUUUGUCGGGCGUUACAAUUUCCACCGGAAGCAUGGCUACGGAUAGGCUUGAAACAUGCAAGUAUUACUUGGCUCUGCGUUCUUCCCAGCGGUAGAGUUACUCUCUAUUGUCUAGGAGAUACAGGACACAUGCUACCGCAAAAUAUAACUUCUAGCUAAAAAUAUAUGACUUGUAUGCAACAAAUUAUACAGACAUAUAAAUAAUAUUAUAUCAUCGAUAAGCAUAUCGACAUGUACAUCGAGACUGCGUUCCACAAGAUGUACAAAUCGACCUCGUAUUAUUUUCUUAUCGCAAAAAAUAAUUAGCUUUUUACAUGGCUUUCAUCUUGGAUGCAAUUGCAUGCAAUUGUACAGAUGUGCGGAGAAAAAACUGAUUGCCUAAAAAUAGUAUUUUAAAGUAAUAAGCAUGUGAAGAAAUGAAUGACUAAAUGACAUUUAGAAAAGUGUUUAUACUCGUGCAUUUGAGUGUAUAUAUUUUCUUCUUAGCUGUAAUAUCUACAUAAAUUAUAAAAAUCGUCGUCUGAGCAUUUGGAUUGUACGUAUUUUUAAAUACACUUGCAGUUUUCUAACGUU